AUGCAGCAAGAAGCAGCGAGAUGCCGAGUUCGAGCCAGAAGGCCUGACAUGGCGCUCUACGUACCCAAGGCUCGGCGGGGUGCCAUACUCCUCGAAGCAGGUGACAAAAAGAGCUGUGGCUCACCUGAUUCUGUGGUGAAAGAAGAACAGAAAGAAGGUUGCCACUCCCAAAAAGAGAUCUUUUGGGACAAACCUGAGGCUCAAAGACUGAGUGUUACUGCUGAUAGAAAGGAGCGUCAUUGUAGAGAAGGAAAGAAACUGUCAACAACAUUAAGCAAAGACACUUGCCUCCAAAAGAGAAAUAAAGAUAGGUUUUGUACUAAGAGAGCAACCACAGAAUCCAAAGAGGUACUAUCCCAGGGAUAUGAGCACAGAGCCCCAAAUGCUGGGAUUAUUCCUAAUGUACCUUUACAGAAACAUUGGAAACCGAAGAAGGUGGAGUGUUUGGAAGUUGAAACCACGGAUUUAAUAGAGCAUGAGAGGAUGCGUCUGUCACUUGCCCGUUCAGAAACGAGUGAGGGUCCGGUGCUCAGCAAGCCUUUCCAAAAUGUGGAAUUCUGUGAUUCCAGCAGUCACGAACUAAGUGGGGAGACGCUUGAAGACAGAGAUCUGGAAAGUAGAACUGAAACUGAUGCCAAGGUUGUCGAGGCAGUAUCCCGGUUUCCUGGAGUUUUUAGUUCUGUACUGAAACCUGAGACUAUGAUUACACCAGUAAAUGUAGGCUCUGAGUCUGCAAUUGUACAACAGGACAUGCACACAUCAGAUGGAAUGUUGAAGCGGAGCAGUGGAGGCAUCACGCCUAUUUCUGUUCCUGGAAGUCCAGAUGAUGUCAUUAAUCAAACUUGUGUGGCUGAGAAUGUAGAUGAUGAAGACAAUAGUAUAGGUUUCAUCUUGGGUCGGAAAGGCAUGGAUUCUCUUCCCGAGACCAUGAGUCACAGCUCUCAUAAAAUGGCUGUAGUCAGCAAAUCAGAGAGCGCACGUAGCAUUGUUGAUCCAGUAACGAUUAGACAAUGUGAGGAUAGUGACAGCACUGCUGAUGAGUUAUGUGUAAAGCACAAACCUUCUGAUACAGCUGUCCUUGCUCAUGAAAUAGACAUAGAUAAUGGACUUAUGAGUGUCGGUGACGUUACCCGUAAAGCACCUAUGAUGGACAUUAUGGCUGCCACAUGUGAUCAUGUAACUGCUACUAGCCCUCACAUAGCUGCGGUGAGAACAACUGACGAGGCCUGUGACGAUACAAGUCGUGUAGGAGUGAGCACAGAUGCCGCUCCUCCUCCUGCAGCUGGGAGUGGGAGCAACACUGGAACUUUUAGCAGCCCUACUGCUUGCUCAGGUACUUAUCCCGAGAAUAUUUCAUCUAGUUUUACAGAGUCAACAGGAAAGUUGAUAGAAAACUCGUCAGAUUGUGCUUCCUCCUUACCUAUAAAGAAGAUUGCUGGUAGUAAUUAUAACACUUUUUUGGACUCUGAACUCAGUAUGUUAAAUGGGACGAAAGUACUUUCAGACAGUGCCUUGGGCAAUGCUCUGGAUAGUACCAGUGAUAUAACAGAAGCAUUGCAGGAGCUAAGAACUGCUGAAGAGUUCAAAACAAGGGAGGCAGAUGACUCAGAGAAUAUAGAAUGUGGAGUACCCUUGCCUGAUGGAGAACUGUUAUUUAUGGAAACAUCCCUGGAACUAAAAGGAACGAACACUUCUCAUGUGGAGGGAGAUACUGCUACUGAGGAGAGCUGGGAGUCUAUGUUUAAUGAUGAUGGUGACUGCCUGGAUCCACGUCUUCUACAAGAGAUGAUUCUGGUAAAGCUUGAGAACCACUGCUCAAAGUUAUCAGGGACUAUGAAGAGCAGGGAAAGUAUCCAGGAACCUCGAUUUGAUUAUUACAACCAUGAAGUUCCUGAUAUUGACCUCAGUGAUUGCGAAUUCCCUCAUGUCAUUGAAAUUUAUGACUUCCCCCAAGAAUUUCGUACUGAAGACCUUCUUCGGGUUUUCUGCAGUUAUCAAAAGAAAGGAUUUGAUAUUAAAUGGGUGGAUGAUACACAUGCCCUAGGAGUGUUCUCCAGUCCAAUUACAGCUCGUGAUGCGCUGGGUAUUAAACAUACCAUGGUGAAGAUCCGACCCUUGUCGCAGGCCACGAGAGCAGCUAAGGCCAAAGCUAGAGCUUAUGCUGAGUUCCUCCAGCCAGCAAAGGAGCGUCCCGAGACUUCAGCAGCCCUUGCCAGAAGGUUAGUCAUCGGUGCCCUUGGGGUUCGAAGCAAGCAGAGCAAAACAGAAAGGGAAGCAGAGCUCAAGAAACUGCAGGAAGCCCGAGAGAGAAAACGGUUGGAAGCCAAGCAACGGGAAGACAUCUGGGAAGGCAGAGACCAGUCUGCAGUUUGAAUGUCACUCAAUGAGAGGGAUAACGCCAGGAAUCAGAACAUGUUUCCAUAGUCUUCGGGUGAGAAGAUCCUUCCAGAGCUCUGUGUGUACAUGCAGAUGUGCAUGUUAAAGAGACCAGAGCCAUCGAGACAAGGACUGACUGGGUGUAGAAAGAAGACAGACUCCUGUCUUCACUCCUGGGUGCUUCACUCCUAGGUGCAGUUCUUUGGAAUCUCCCCCACAGUGGUGGGCAUGGUAG